CAAAACCACGGUGAACACCACAGUGCUAACGACAGUGCCAAUAACAGUGCCAACAACAACAGAAGUUUACUCCUACAAUGUUGUCAUUAGGAUCGAUAUGCAUUUCACUAGUAAUCUAUCUGAAACACUAAGAGAAAUGUUGUUCGAAGAAUAUAGAAAAAACAUGGGCAAUGUGCUGGACGUUAUCAUAAAUGAAAUCAGAAACGGCUCCGUUAUUGUCGAUCACACUGUUAAAACCUCAAAUAUGUCACUAGUUACUCUGAACAGCACUUUGGAACUCAUCGAAAAAAAUGGAUUGGUGGUUGGAAAUAUUACUUAUGCUGUAACAGUAGUCUCACUAGAGAUAAUAUAUGCUGAAACAACCCAGGUUAUGACGACAGUACCAGUGACAAAAGAAGAUUCUUCCGAUUUAAUUCUCGGUCUUAGUAUUGGAAUUUCUGCGACAGUUAUAUUUCUUCUCGUGCUUUUGCUUUGUUUCUGGUUUAGAUGGAAAAAGCGAAACGCUAAAGGUAGCACGAAAACUUUGGAUCGUGUACAAGUAGAUAAAAUUCGCGCAAAAAGCGUUCAACGUUUGCAGGGAGAGAGUCUUGAUAUGAAAGGAGAUACCGUACAGUACGAUGAAAUUGAACUAAAUGCUAAUGUGAACACAUACAUGACAAUGAAGACGUUUUCAAAUGAAGAUAAACGUUACGACGAAAUCGAUCCAGAUUGGGCGACAAAGAAUAAAGCUACUAACAAAAGUUCCGACGGGUACGAGGAAGUUAAAGUUUAUCGUAAUUCGGAGAUUGCCUCUAGAGAGAAAGCAACUUUAAAAGAAGAUAAACAUUAUGAAGAAAUCGAUUCAAAUUGGGAGUCAACGUAUAUGAAUAUUACGAAAGUUAUCGAAAAGUCCGAGGCAAUUCCACGAGACUUUAAAAGAAGAUAA